AGUGGCGCGGCCGUGGCGGCCCGGAGCUGCCGGGGCUGGUUGCCGCGAUGGCCACGAGCCGCUCCGAGGACGAGGAGUCGCUGGCGGGGCCCAAGAGGGGCCCGGCCACCCCCGCGGGGACUGUCCCCAAACGGCGCAGCUCGUCCAGGUUCAUCAAGAGGAGGAAGUUCGAUGAUGAACUGGUGGAGAGCAGCCUGGCCAAGUCCUCCCGGGCCAAGGGCGGCCCCGAGCCCCCCCCCAGGCCCGGGGGCACCGCGGGGACCGCGGGAGGGGGAGGGGCGGCCGGAGACCCCUCCCCUGGGGAGAGGAAAAAGGUGUCCCGGGCCGUGCCCCCCCCGGCCCCCCCCGGGCCCGGCCCCCCCCCGGCGCUGCCCAAGAGGCUCAAGAAGAGCAAACCCAGCCCCGCCCCCCGCGACCUGGGCAGGUGGAAACCCGCCGAUGAUCUGCUGCUCAUCAACGCUGUGCUGCAGACCAACGACCUGACCUCGGUGCACCUGGGGGUGAAGUUCAGCUGCCGCUUCACCCUGCGGGAGAUCCAGGAGCGCUGGUACUCGCUGCUCUACGACCCCGUCAUCUGCAAGCUGUCGUGCCAGGCCAUGCGCCAGCUGCACCCCGAGGCCGUGGCCGCCAUCCAGAGCAAGGUCCUGUUCAGCAAGGCCGAGGAGCAGCUGCUGACCCGCGUGCCAUCGAGCCCUGUCCCCUCGCUGGACACCUUCCAGGAGCUGCUGCAGCGCCACCCCGCCGUGUUUUACCCUGCCAGGACCCCCAAGGCCCUGCAGCUGCACUGGCAGCUCCUGCGCCAGUACCACCUGCUGCAGGACCAGACAGUGCAGCCCCUCCCCAAGGGGGAUCAGGUUCUCAAUUUCUCGGACGCUGAGGAGCUGCUGGACGACGGCAAACUGCGGGACGUUCGGGACGAGGUGCUGGAGCACGAGCUGACGGUCGCUGACCGGCGCCAGAAGCGCGAGAUCCGGCAGCUGGAGCAGGAGCUGCAGCGCUGGCAGGUGCUGGUGGACUCCAUCACAGGGAUGAGCUCCCCAGAUUUUGACAGCCAGACUCUGGCCGUGCUGCGGGGUCGGAUGGUUCGGUACCUGAUGCGCUCGCGGGAGAUCACCCUGGGCAGAGCCACCAAGGACAACCAGAUCGACGUGGACCUGGCGCUCGAGGGCCCGGCCUGGAAAAUCUCCCGCAAGCAGGGGGUGAUCAAGCUGAAGAACAACGGCGAUUUCUUCAUUGCCAACGAGGGCCGGCGCCCGAUUUACAUCGACGGGCGCCCGGUGCUGGGGGGCAACAAAUGGAAACUGAGCAACAACUCCGUGGUGGAGAUCGCCAGUCUCCGGUUCGUGUUCCUGAUCAAUCAGGAGCUGAUCGCGCUGAUCCGCAGCGAGGCCGCGCGCCUCAGCCACCAGUGACACCAGUACAGACCAGUACAAACCAGUAACAACCAGUACAAACCAGUAUGGGACUGGGAACAGCCCAGUAACAACCAGUGACAACCAGUAACACCAGUAACACCAGUGACACCAGUUCUGAUCGCGCUGAUCCGCAGCGAGGCCGCGCGCCUCAGCCACCAAUAAAAACCAGUAAAAACCAGUAUGGGACUGUGCAGGACUGGGAACAGCCCAGUAACAACCAGUAACAACCAGUAAUGACCAGUACAAACCAGUAACGACCAGUAACCAGUAUGGGACUGGGAACGUCCCAGUAACAACCAGUGACACCAGUAACAACCAGUAUGGAACACCAGUGACACCAGUUCUGAUCGCGCUCAUCCGCAGCGAGGCCGCGCGCCUCAGCCACCAAUAAAAACCAGUACAAACCAGUACAAACCAG